UUGCCCCUCCACCAACCAACCAAAGCUACGAUCUCCCCUUCCCCCAAAGAAAAAGAAACCAACGACAACAUCCCUCCUCCCAUGCAACGAUGAGUUUCGCACGGGGCGAGCGCGUCCACUUCGACUUCGAUACCGGCAGUAUCGAGCCUGUCUCGGGCGGAGGAGGCGAAGGCGAGGGCCAGACGAACGAAAUUCCAGAAGCGCGAGAACCCGCGACCGCAGCCUUCGUUGGCGAGAUCUUCGAGCGCGCACCGGCGCAGAGCAAUCCUCCCCAGGCCCCAUCGUUCAAGGCGACCGGAACCACGGGGUUUCCUGCACACAAGAAGCGUACGCCCAGGGUAUCUGCCUUCAAGCAGCAGCGGGCCGCCAAAAACGAGGCCUCGGCCGUCCCACACGAUGUCGUACCGCAGACGAGCCGUGGAGGAGAUAUCUUCUCGGAGGAAGAGCGAGCGCGGAUAGACGAGGAGAACAAUAAGCGGUUAGCUGAGAUGUCUGCGGACGAGAUUGAGAAGGAGCGAAACGAGCUUUUGGAAUCGCUCAGCCCGUCUUUGAUCCAGAGGCUGCUUGCCCGGUCGAACAUUUCCGAUGCGAGCAACGAGCGCGAGCUUUUCGACGAGACGCCGCCUCCUCCACCGCCUGAAGUAAAACCCGAUGGGGACCUCGAGGCAGAGUCAAAGAAGCAAAAGAGUUCGAGUGAUAAGAAAGUCACCUUCAACCCCCCAGACCCCGCCCCAAAACAACGAGAGCACGAUAUCACCACAUCCACGUCCACGGACGCAGAACCAAAACCCACCCACAACGACGGUAGCAAGACCCAAGAAGUCGACCAACUCCCCGCCUCCACGGUACACUUCCCCAAGCCCCCGCAACCCCCAGAACUCGACCCGGACUCCCCCUCCUUCCUGGAAGACCUGCACGAGAAGUACUUCCCGGACCUCGCGUACGACCCGUCGUCGCUGUCGUGGAUGGCGCCCAUCGACGCCUCGGACACCAAGUCCCCAUACCACCCGUCGCAGACGGCGCUCAACGCCUCGGAGCUCCGCUUCGACUUCAAGGGCGCGCUGCUGGCGCCCAGCCAGGCGAGGGAGCUCCCCGUUACCGCGGGUCUGCACCACCACGCCGAGGCGCCCGAGGCCGCGGGCUACACGAUCCCCGAGCUCGCGAUCCUCGCGCGCAGCGCCGUCCCCGCGCAGAGGUGCAUGGCGUACCAGACGCUGGGGAGGAUUCUAUACCGGCUGGGCAAGGGCGAGUUCGGCAGGGAGACCGAGGAGAGGGACGUCGAUGCGCCGGUGCAGGUCGCGAAGGACCCCAAUGCGGAGGAAGAGGAGGGCAAGGGAGAGGAGAAUGAGGUGGCAGAGGACGAGGACGCGGGGAGCUACAUAGCUGCUGGACUGUGGAAUUGCAUCGAGGAGGGUAGGGUGAUAGCUACGCUGACGGAGGAGGCGAAGAAGGAGAGGGGCCAUCUGACCGCGAAGACCUACGCGCAGGAAGCACUUUGGAACUGGAGGAGGGGCGGCGGAAGGCUGAGGAAAGCCGUCUGAGGCGACUCCAUCGUGAAUCUAGGCUGGGUGUGAAUCACGCUUGCAAAUUAGAGAAAACAAAAAGAGGGCAUGGCCUUACUCUGUAUCAUCAUCAAAAUCCAUGUAGAAUUAAUGAUAAUGAUUAGACGAAAUCAUUCAAAAGUGAGACAGC